AUGUCAAAGAGUCCAGCUGCCAGCUUUGCCGAGCCUAAGCCUGCUGAGCUUGUCCCGAUUCUCACCGGCGAGGAGAACUUCGCCUCGUGGUCUGCCGCACUUAAGUGUGCUCUCGACACACACGAUUCUCAACUCUUCGAGCUCCUUACCGGGGCAUACGCCCGGCCUAGCGACACCGAGCAUACGGAUCUCGAUAAGUGGAAUCAAAAGUCGCACACACUCCUUCCAUACCUUCACGCUAUAGUCCAUAGCUCGAUCAAGUUGUACAUCAACACAGCGCCAAAUGCCUUUGUCGCGUUCCAGACGCUGUAUAAGAUCUUUGGAGUUCACAAGUGCAAUACCGGUUAUGACAAAUUCUCCAGGUGGACUCAUACGACGUACGAUGGCAGCACUACGCCACAAGAGUUCGUCAACCAAUGGCGCAUCGCAUACUCCGAGUUCGUCGAGGCUUGCGGUCACUAUCAUAUUUCCAACUCUGCUCAGUACUUCCACUUUCUCACCGCAGUAAGCGAAAAUCCGGAUACUCAUCCGUGGCUUCACAGUCUUAAUCCACCCGCGUCCGAAUCGUCCGAGUCACUUCUCAUAAGUGCGUUUUCUGAUUUCGUAAUUUCUGAGAAUCAGCGUCUUACCAACCCAACUGGUUUUGGUAAUCAUACUCACCUCUAUCAAUAA